UAUGUGGUCAAAAUAAGCCAUGCAACUACUAAUAGAGUAAAGAAAUAUUGUAUAGUACAGUAGUAUCAUUUGAUAGUUGGAACAAACAUCCUAAAAAGUAGUACAACACACUUACUGAUUUUACUUGUUAAUGGAACAAAAUCAGAUGUAUGUAUAAUGGCAAAUUAUUUUUUUCUAGAUACCUAUCAUCUUUGAGAGGACAUGUUAAUUCUGUGUACCAGAUUGCCUGGUCAGCUGAUAGUCGAUUAUUAGUUAGUGGUAGCUCUGACAGUACAUUGAAAGUCUGGGAUAUUACAACCAAAAAAAUAUCAGUAGAUUUACCUGGCCAUGCUGAUGAGGUGUAUGCUGUAGAUUGGAGUCCGGAUGGUCAAAGAGUUGCCAGUGGAGGCAAAGAUAAACUACUGAAAAUAUGGAGGAAGUAAAGACCCACCAAUCAAAUAUUCAGGAUUUUAAAUUGGACAAUAUUUAAUAAAUCACUGAGGAGAAAAAAAAA